GGCAACAGACGGAGCUCGACGCGGAACAGACGGAGCUCGCCGCGGAACAGACGGAGCGCGUCCGAUUCACCGCACACACUGGACGGCAACCACAAUAAUCAACUGAGAGUAAUGACAGAUCUUUGGAGUACAUAUCAGCGACAUCAGGACCAUUCUCUCUCUGUGAUUGGAUAGACAGCCUGACGGUGAAACUCAACAUGCCAGUGAUGUCAACGCCAGUCUACAGACUGUAACCAUGGGCAACGUGGAGAGCCAGAAUGGCGACCAUGCCUUCUACGGUACCCAACAUGGCCACCUGUCCCGUAAGCACAUGUCUCGUUCCCUCCGCAUCUCCAACAAGCACCAUCAGUCCCAGUCCAGCUCUGGUUCCACCCGCCGCACCCGCGACGCCUCUCAGGGCAAAGUAGAGCACCGUAACUCUGAGACCUCCACGCGGUCCAGCAGCACCCCUAGUAUCCCCCAGUGUCUAGCGGACCACGCCCUGGAGCCCUUCAACCAGACCAAUGUCCUGUCAGACUUCUCCUCCCCUAUCUGGGUGGACCGCAUGGCCAUGAACCUCCGGCCCGUCUCCUUCCAUACCCACCUAGACAACCCCUCUGUAGGGCUCCAUCUAGAUGCAGCAUCACCUGGGGCUAGACCCCACGACCCCCAGGGUCUACAAGACGGAGGACUAAGCCUAUACAGUAACAAGGGGGAGGCAACCUACCUCCAGAAGACCAGAGACGGACCCAGGGAACCCCGAGAGGGGGUCAGCUUCAAGAAGAAGAGGUCCAAAUCAGCUGACAUGUGGAGAGAAGACAGGCUGGAGUUCAGUCUGUCAGACCUCAGCCAGGAACACCUCACCAGCACAGAGGAGAUCAUCGACACGGAGGAGGCAGAGGACUUCCCUGAUUGUGAUGGCCUGCUGGGGCUCGUGUCCCCUGAGGGUCUGGAGGGUGUGGACGCAGCAGGCCGGGCCAACUCCCUGGACCAGCUCUACCGGGGCCAGAAGACCCCGACCCGCCGGCCCGCUGGACGCUUCGCUAAGUGGCACCACGAUGCUAACAGCGCCGCCCGGGAGGGUGAGGAUGAUAAGAUGGUGUCUCCGUCGGAGGAGGACGGGAACUCGUACGGAGCGCAUACUCUGCCCUGCCGACGCUCACACUGCCUGUCUGAGGGGCUGACCGAUCACCAGGCUGCCACCUGCACCACCAUGCAGGGACGCAGGGCACAGACCAUACAGGAUGUGACGGCCGGAGAGGGCAGUGAGUAUGAGGACAGUGGCAUCGACGGGGUGACGGCGGAGGGGGCGGAGCAUCAGUCCCGGCGCUAUAAGACCAUGUCUAUGUCCUUCUCCGUGUGCUCGGCGGCAGGGCGGAGCAUGUUCACUGGCAGCGACAGCGGAAGCAGCAGUGGGGGAGCGCCCAGUGACAGGGCCCAGGGGGUCUAUGAGAACUUCAGACAGGAGUUGGAGAUGAGCUCAUGUCAGACAGAGAGUCUGGAGGAGGCGGGGUCAGCCAUGAGUGACGAGCAGAGCACCAUGACUUCAGCCUACCAAUCAGAUCCCCUGCACAGCGUUGCCCAGGGAACCGUGCGGAAGGCAGGCCAGCUGGCCGUCAAGAACAUCCUGGUUCACAAGAAAAACAAGAAGGUGGAGUCAGCCACCAGGAGGAAGUGGAAGAGCUACUGGGUCUGCCUCAAAGGAUGCACUCUGUUCUUCUACGAGACGGACGGACGGUCAGGGAUCGACCACAACAGUGUUCCUAAACAUGCGGUGUGGGCUGAGAACAGUAUCGUCCAGGCCGUACCUGAACACCCCAAGAAGGACUUUGUCUUCUGCCUCAGCAACUCUCUAGGGGACGCAUUCCUCUUCCAGACCUGCAGUCAGACGGAGCUUGAGAACUGGAUCACCGCCAUCCACUCGGCGUGCGCGGCGGCGGUUGCUAGGCAGCAUCACCGGGAGGACACGGUGCGUCUGUUGAGGGCGGAGAUCAGGAAGCUGGAGCAGAAGAUAGACAUGGACGAGAAGAUGAAGAAGAUGGGAGACAUGCAGCUGUCUGCUGUGACCGAUACCAAGAAGAGGAAGACUAUACUGGACCAGAUCUUCCUGUGGGAGCAGAACUUGGAACAGUUCCACAUGGGUCUGUUCCGGUUCCGCUGUUACCUGUCCAGUCUGCAGGGAGGGGAGCUGCCCAACCCCAAACGCCUGCUAGCCUUCGCCUCCAGACCCACCAAGCUGGCCAUGAGACGCCUCGGAAUCUUCUCUGUGUCGUCCUUUCAUGCACUGGUGGCAGCCCGUACAGAGAGCGGGGUGAGGAGACGUACCCAGGCCAUGUCUCGUUCCUCCUCAUCCAAACGUAAGAGCAGGUUCUCCUCUCUGUGGGUCCUGGACACUACCUCCAAGAAGAAGACCAAAGCCCAUCCCACCAUCAACCAGGUCUUUGCUGUUGGUGAGGAGCCAGUGAAAAAGCCUCUGGACGGGAUCUAUGAUGUGGACACUGCCAGGGAGAGCGUGAAGAGUGGUGGUGGAACGGUGGAGAGCCUUCCUCAGGUCGACUCAGACAGUCACAUGACAGACAGUGAUAUCUGGGUGCCUGACCACCUGACCCCAUCCUGGGUGUGUCUUCCCAACGACCAGCCUGUCCUCGCCAUCAUCCAGCCUGGAGAGUCCGCUCUGGACGCACUGGAGACCAUCUGCAAGGCCCACCAGCUGGAUCCCACCAAACAUUACAUCCGCCUUAAGUUCCUCCUGGAGAACCAAGUCCAGUUCUACAUCCCUAAGCCUGAAGAGCACCUGUGUGACUUGCUUUAUAAAGAGAUAGAGCUGGGCUCCAAAAUAACUAAAGUCAUCCAGUUCGACAGGGAUGAAUCCUGUAUGAUUGGUUACGGGUUCUCUAUCUCAGUGGUGGAGGAGGAUUCGGUGCAGCAGCUCUACAUAACCGAUGUGAAGGCGGGAGGAUUAGCCUUCGCUAGAGGUCUGAAUGCGGGCGAUGAGAUCUUGCAGCUGAAUGGGAAGGACUCGUGCAGACUGAACUUCUCAGAUAUGAAGGAGGCGUUCUCCCAGGCCUCCCUGUCCCUGACCGUCAACACUCUGCCCUCUACAGACCGACGCCAGAUCUGUUACCUGCCCCCCCGACGCUCUGACGCACAGGAUGACCUCUAUACUGACAUGUUCUCAAUGAGCCAGGAGGAAAUUCUGGAUGACGGGGUCGGUCUGGUGCUGGACAGUUCUGGAGACAGCCUGGAUGACGACUUUGAGAUGUUCAGCGAGGCAGACCAAUGCAGAAAGAGUACAGAGCAGGUCGCAGCAUUCUGCCGCAGUCUCCAUGACAUGAAUCCGUCUGAGUGUGCCACAACCUCCUCGUCCCCCAGCUUGGACUCGCCCUUCCGUCCCCCUGCCACCGGCACCGCCAGCCGACAGCUCUCCGACGCCGACAAGCUACGCAAAGUAAUCUGUGAGCUGGUGGAGACGGAACGCACCUAUGUCAAAGAUCUUAAUUGUCUCAUUGGGAGGUACUUGACCCCCCUGCAGAAGGAGACCUGCCUCACUCAGGACGAGCUGGACAUUCUGAUUGGGAACCUGCCGGAGAUGGUGCAGUUCCAGGUGGAAUUCCUGAAGACUCUAGAAGACGGGACCAGAUUGGUUCCAGACCUGGAGAAGCUGGAGAGAGUGGACCAAUUCAAGAAAAUCCUCUUCUCUCUAGGAGGUUCCUUCCUGUACUAUGCAGACCGUUUUAAGAUCUACAGUGCGUUCUGCGCCAGUCACACCAAAGUCCCCAAGGUGCUCGUAAAGGCUAAGACCGAUGCAGACUUCAAGGCGUUUCUGGAAGAGAGGAACCCUAAACAGCAACACUCCUCCACCCUGGAGUCCUACCUGAUCAAACCCAUCCAGAGAGUCCUGAAGUACCCACUACUACUGAGGGAGCUGUACUCGCUGACUGACCCUGAGAGUGAAGAACACUAUCACCUGAAUGUUGCUAUGAAGGCCAUGAACAAGGUGGCCAGUCACAUCAAUGAGAUGCAGAAGAUCCACGAGGAGUUUGGGUUGGUGUUUGACCAGCUCAUAGCGGAACAGAGUGGAGACAAGAAAGAGGUUGCUGAUCUGUCGAUGGGUGACUUGCUGCUACACACCAGCGUAGCCUGGAUCAACCCUCCCUCCUCCCUGGGCAAAUGGAAGAAAGACCCCCAACUGGCUGCAUUCAUCUUCAGAACAGCCGUGGUGUUUGUGUGUAAGGACGGCUCCAAGCAGAAGAAGAAAAUGGGUGGCUCCCAUCGAGUGUCGUCAGUCUCGUCUGAAGACAAGGACCCAUUCCGCUUCCGUCACAUGAUCUCCACAGACACCCUCCAAGUCCGAGCCCUCAAUAACCAAGACGGAGAGGGCUCUGCCGUGUGUGAGAUCGUCCACGUCAAGUCCGAGUCAGAAGGACGGCCGGAGAGGACAUUCCACCUGUGCUGCAGUUCUGUGGACAGUAAGAAGGACUUCCUGAAGGCAGUCCACUCCAUCCUAAGAGAUAAACAACGACGUCAACUGAUGAAGACAGAGUCUCUACCUCCCAACCAGCAGUAUGUCCCCUUCGGAGGCAAACGCCUCUGUGCCCUGAAGGGAGCCAGACCUGCCAUGAACAGAACAGUGUCAGACCCGGCGCGGACCCUGGGCCGGAGGAAGCUGGUGCGGAACCGUUUCACCAUCGACACAGACAUUGUCUUCGACGGCGAGCCAGACCAGGAGUCCCCACUGUCCCCUGAAGAGCCUGAGGGACAGGGACAAAGGGAAGGACAGGGAAAGGAACAGGGGGAGGUGCAGGCUACAGACUUGGGGGAGGUGCAGGCAGGGGAUACAGACCGCUGGGUGGAGGAGCAGUUUGACCUUGAAUGCUACGAGGAGGAGCAGGCGGCGCAGAAGGAGACGCAGGUGGAAGGAGGAGGUGACGUUAAAGAAACAGACAUCCUUAGUGAUGAUGAUGAUUUCUGCCAGUCUGUCAGAGGACCAUCCACUGAAUCACCGUCCAACACAGACCUAGAGGGGCCUGUAGGGGGCCUGUCCCUGGGAGAGGAAGGCCAACAGGGGGGCCAUAAACACCACCAGCCCCAGGGAGCCACGGGGACCACCACCCCAGGGAUGAGACUUUCCCACCUGGGGAAGCAGUGUGUCCUGGCUGGGAUGAGCGUGGAUGACCAGCGGGCUGAGGACAUCUGGGUACGCAGGGAGAACUGUCCCCUGGACGUUGAUGCUGUGACACAACAGAGCUAGACUAGAAGACCAGCAGACAGUUACAGACAGUGUCUCACCACUCAGACAGAGAGCUUUACAUUAGUUACAAAUGGCACCCUUUUCCUUAUUUAGUGCACUUCUUUUGACCAGGGCCCAUAGGGAGCAUACCAUAGCGGAGCGCCAAGUAGUGCACUAUAUAGGGAAUAGGAUGCCAUUUGGGACGCAAACAUGAGCUUCAAGACGAGACGAUCAGUGAACUUUCAAUCAAUCAAUCCACACCCAUCAAGAACACAUGUGCAUAGACAUGCAUGGCACAGCUACUUCAAGCUACUACAUCGCCUCCUUGUCAGUGUGCUUGAAUGCAUUGUUUUGUACAGUGUACAGAUAGACUGGUGAACCUCAAACCGAAGCCCUCUAAUGGGAGCAAUACUGGAAUACAGGGAGAGGAGGGAUCUUAUCCAAUAAACCAAUCAUACGGCGACAUGGAGGGGGUCUAAUCCAAUCAUAUGGUGACGUGGAGGCCAAGCUGUGAAAGACUGACUGAGUGGCUGGUUGACUGGCUGGCUCACUGUCUGAUGGUACAAUCAUGGACCCUAAUCAAUACUGUUGCUUGGCAUGGUUUGAUUCCUGGGGUACUAUAGGUUCCUGAUUAUUGUUGCCAAAUGUGGGUAUUUGUUGUGAACACAUGAAACGCAACGUUAUCACUAUAACUACUGUUCCCUGAAGGAGGGAAACGAGGUACAACAUACUUCGGUUGAAGGAUCUACAAUCGCGCCUGACAAGGCCAAUGAAAUCCUUGCCUUGCUGGAAGCUGCGCCUUCCACAGGUGAUAAGCGUGAGGCUCGGAUUCAUUCCUUCAAUUUAAUACCGCUCUUCACCGAGGCCAGGAACGGGCGGUGCGGGCCAAACAGGUGUUGUACCUCGUUUCCCUCCUUCAGGGAACAGUAGUUAUAGUCAUAACGUUAUGUUCCCUUUCAGUCAAUCAACUUCGGUACA